CCCCCGUCGGUGAAAGCCAAAACAGAACAUAUUCUGGGCGACUUCCUCUGUACCUCGUUACCUCAGCAGGUAGAGAGAGAGAGAGAGAGAGAGCCAUGGCGACGCUCGGCGGCAGCAGCUUCCUCACCGUGGCUAGGCCGAGUCAACUCGGCUCCCGGACGCGCGCUGCUUCGGCCUUCGUGCCCGGCUCCUCGGUUUUCAGUAAGCGCGUUCGUGCUGCGAAAGUGAGAGCCUCCGUUCAAACGGUGGCGUUGCCGGAUCCUAUUGUAGUCGACCAGGAGGUUACCUCCAAGAAGAGCAUUUUAGCUUGUCCGAUAUGUUACGACCCUCUAAGACAUGCGGGUCCAGCAUUAUCCAUGGAUACUGUGUCCGAGUCUACUUUGCUAUGUAGCACCUGUAAGAAGACUUAUUUGGGCAACAAAACCCAUCUCGAGCUUACAGCCUCGAGUGGAGCCAAGGAAUAUACCGAAUCCAUGGCCCCGGUCACCGAAUUUUUCAGGUUACCGCUGAUCUCAUAUAUUUAUGAGAGGGGCUGGCGUCAAGGCUUUUCUGCAUUGGGAGGAUGGCCUGGUCCAGAAAAGGAGUUUGAGUUGAUUAAAGGGUAUCUUGAGCCCGUCUUAGGUGGGAAUAUCAUUGAUGCCAGCUGCGGUAGUGGUCCAUUUACCAGGCUCUUCGCCAAGAGCGGGCUGUUUUCCCUUGUUGUUGCACUUGACUACUCAGAAAACAUGCUCCAGCAAUGCUAUGAAUUUAUUAAGCAGGAGGAGAACUUCCCGAAGGAGGACUUGAUUCUUGUUAGAGCUGACAUUUCAAGACUCCCUUUUGUUUCGAGUUCUGUCGAUGCUGUGCACGCCGGCGCUGCUGUUCACUGUUGGUCUUCUCCUUCAUCAGCUGUUGCUGAAAUAAGUCGAGUUCUACGGCCUGGUGGAGUAUUCAUUGCCACAACCAUGAUCUAUGAUGGUCCUUAUGCUCUCAACCCUUUCUUGAAGCUUAUGCAAACGAAUAUGUUCCGGAUGUCAGGAAGCCAAAUGUUCCUAUCAGAACAUGAACUAGAAGAUCUCUGCAAAACAUGUGGACUGGAAGAUUUCAAAUGUACCAGGAAUCGGCGUUUCGUGAUGAUAUCCGCUACAAAACCCAGCUGAACAGUCAAUUGUCUCUUCUAAUCCAAUCUUCACCAUCAAUUUGCUUCAGAAAAAGUGCAUUUGAGUAUUGUCUUGUUGGUUCUCUUGUUUGAUGCCAGUUGGUGCUGUUUACAGGCAUGUAAUGCAAAUAACCUGUUCAUCAACAAUCUAUAGUAGACUUGCCUCUUGGAAUUAAUUUGGGGCCUGGUAUUUUUUUUA